AUGGACAUCACCCCUUCCCAGGCACAUAGACUGCGCUCCCGCUCGCGUUCUAGAACUAGAAACUCUACUGCCAACUCGAGAUCGACGUCUGCAACGCGAAGACCGCUGCUCAGUGGAUCUAUCCGGUCGUUAUCGUCGUCCUCGUUGAACAAGUUGCAAUUCAGCUCUACUGCCGUGGAGUUGUCCAAAGAUCGGUCCAUCCCAAGCGUUUCUGCUACUCUUGACAACUCUUUACCCUUGGAUUUCUUCAAGCAGGAGCUCAUUGGCCUCAUUAAGGCACUCAGAAUCAGCAAAUGGCACAAGAGACAGUUGUGUGUUGCCAACAUGCUGGUUUCUCGUAUUCUGGGUGCCUUGACCAACUCAAUCUAUAAACUCGAGUAUAAUGACCCAGAUCUGCCAGUACCGUGCCCCUCGUUGCUCUUGCGUGUGUAUGGAAAGAAUGUGGACGAGCUUAUCGAUAGAGAUUCCGAGUUGAAGAUUCUCAUCAAGCUCUCCGCCAAAAAAAUCGGCCCAAAGAUGUUGGGAAUCUUUGCGAACGGUCGUUUCGAACAGUUUUUGGAGGGCUUUAUCACCAUGGGCAAGGAGGAAAUUAGGGACGCUGUCAUUUCGCAAAUGAUUGGUAGAAGAAUGAAAGAUUUGCACUACAAGAUCGAGUUGGACGACUCAGACAAGGAACUCGAGUUUCCUGUGGCCUGGAUUCAGAUUUUGAAGUGGCUCAAUCUUUUUGAAACAGAAUUGUUGCCCACGUACGCAGACCAGAAGGCAGUCGAGGACGUACUACUUCUUCCUUGGAAUCAAUUCCGUGAAUUGGUGUUUACUUACAAGAACUGGCUAUUCAGCAAAUACGACGGUCGUAAUUUUGCUUCUAAUUACCAUUUCUGCCACAACGACACUCAGUACGGCAACUUGCUCUUGAAGAGUACGUUCGAUUCCAAGGAUGUCAUUCAGGAGUCCAACUCUGUGUUGCCUAACACCAGUAACAGACGUGACAAAGACUUGGCGGUUAUUGAUUUCGAGUACUCUGGUGCUAACUUCCCUGCCUUUGACAUUGCCGAUCACUUCUCCGAGUGGAUGGCUGACUAUCAUGACCCAGAGAAGUCGUACUACAUUCACGAGGACAAAUACCCCACGAAGCUCGAGCAGUUGAACUUGAUCAAGUCGUACAUUGAGUAUGACUUCCAGUUUCCAUCUUCCAACUUGCAAACGUCAAGUGCACCAUCGGUUGCCGAAACUGAUGCCACUGCUUUGAUAGAGUACGAGGUUAAGAAGAUGUACAACGAGAUCAUCUACUGGAGGGCCACGGUGCAGAUUUUCUGGUUGAUUUGGGGAUUGAUCCAACAUGGGCCCAUUACAAAGAAAGAUCCAGUUGAUCUGCUUUCUUCCAGAACAGAGGAGCAGGGUAUCACUUCCACAUAUAACAUCACUGAAGGAUUGGACGCUGUGAAUCUCGACGGCAACCCUAUUUUGGAGGAGGAGGGAAUUUCCUCGAGUGACGAUGAUUUCGACUAUUUGAAAUAUACUCAGCAGAAGUCUGCCCUUGUCAUAGGAGACAUGAUUUCGUUUGGAUUUCUCAGCAUCUCCGACGUGGCUCCCGAGUACCACAAUAUUAUCAAGUUCUUGGACUCUCAGGCCUAUGAAUUGUAA